AUGGCGGAGUGCCUCGAGGAGCUGGAGCCCCCUGUAAGUCCCACUGGUUCGAUCAAUUCUGUACAAUCGUGCUCAAAUUCAACCGCGCUGUCGUUAUCGCAUUUGCCGCCAAUCAAAUUACCGCCAUUUGACGGAAAUUAUGAAGACUGGGAACAGUUUCGCGAUAGGUUUACCGCUCUUAUUAGUGAGAAUAAAGAUCUCAGUCAGUUCGCGAAAAUGCAUUAUUUAACGUCACGUUUAAAGAGUCGCGCCUCCGAUUGCAUUGCUAACAUCCCAGUAAUCGCCGAAAAUUUUGAUGUCGCGUGGAAGACGUUGACUGCGCGUUACGAAAGUAAACGUCGAUUACUCAGUCUCCAUCUCUCCACGUUGCUCAAUUUAAUGGCACUCCCACGUGAGUCUGCCUCCGAUCUACAAGCGACAAAGUAG